GGAGGGGCAUGGGUCAGGUGACAGGAAGUUCCGGUCUGGAAGGCGGAAGAGGUCUUGCUAGGGGCGUCUGCUUCCUCCUAGUUCUCCCUCUUGCUGCUCUGGGGUUGCUAUGGCGUCAAGGUUACUCCGGUUAUGUGGUGCCCUUCGGGGUGUAAGCGCAGGCCGAAAUUCCCUUGGUUCGGCUAGCCUCGGUCCGCUGUGUCUGUCGGGGGCCUCUCGCCCCAUGUCGACCGGAGGUAUCCCAACUGAUGAAGAACAGGCUACAGGGCUGGAGAGAAAAGUCCUGAAAGCUUUGGAACAAGGAGUGGAUCCAUACAACAUGUUUCCACCCAAACGCUAUCCUGGGACAAAGGAAGAACCUAUCCUAGUCCCUUCUAUCAAUGAAAAGCGGAUGGUGGGUUGCCUCUGUGAAGAAGACAACAACACUGUGGUCCAUUUCUGGCUACACAAGGGAGAAGCCGACCGCUGCCCUUCUUGUGGGGCUCACUAUAAACUGGUUCCAUAUGAGCUACCAUGAUUUGACUCUAAAGCCUGCAAUGGGCUUUAUUUAUGGUUGGUUGGUUAGACUUUAAGAUGGAACCAACCAGUCAUCUAGUUUGUGAAGGAAUGUACUAUGUUCUGUAUACCUAAUAAAGACAUCUUUUGACUCCU